AUGGUUAAAGUCUUACCACUCAUUUCUUUUAUUUUAAUCAUAUUAGCAGCUGUAUGUACUAUCAUUGGUUUUUCAACUUAUUGGUAUCAAAUAAAAAUCGAGGGUGCUGAUGGUGCAGUUAUUGAAACUUAUUAUAAAUAUAAUAAAGUUAAUGUUAUUGUUUCAAUUGAUGGAGAUGAAGUAUCAGGAACAACUGGAUAUGAUGAAGUAGAUGGAGAAUUCUCAGCUCAAUUAAAAUUCUAUAAAGCUGCCUUAGCUAUGGAUAUUUUAGCCUUUGUCAAUUUAUUCUUUUCAGCAUGCUACUUGGGUUUUGCAUUAUUCAAAGGAAUUUCUCAAGCCAGUCAAACAAAAUUUAAGAAUUCAUUAAAUGGUGCAACUAUAUUUUUAAUUAUUGCUACAUUUGUUGUAUUAGGUUUACCAAAGGCUCGUAGAGAGGAUUGUGAAGAUUAUGCUAAUGACAGUAGUUAUAAUUACUCUGGUAGCCAAGUUAAAGAUAUUUGUAGUAUCGGAAUUAAUAAAAAAUUCAUUGGUAGUGAAACUGAAGUUGAUGGUUCAAAAUAUUCAUGGGGACCAACAACUGCUUGGAUUGCCAUUGUAAUUGGUCUUGGUCUCACAUUCUUUAACAAUGUCUUUGUUUACAUUGCUCCAAUUUUCAAAGACUAA